CCAUGGUGGAAUCGAACGCGUUCGUAUAAGCUCACUCUAUCAAUCCUACCAACCCCCACCAUUGUGUCUCCUUCACUUCCAUCUUUGCACGAGAGUCGGAACUAUUUGAAUCUUCGAUUUUCAGACUAUUCCGAGACCGUAACAUAGCCGAUAAGCAGCUCUACUGCUUUCCAUCUCCGCAGGCAUGGAGAGCUUCGACGGGAUCUACUUAGAUCUCGCUAAACAACCAGGGAAAUGCAGAUUCGCUGACUCCGGUCUGGGUUGGAAGCCCGCCGCCGGCGGCGAUACAUUCACAUUGCAAGCCGCUGAUAUCACCCAAGCUCAAUGGAGCAAAGCGGCGCGCGGACACGAAGUGAAAGUGAUCUCGAGGAAUGGAGACGUCAUUCAGCUCGAUGGAUUCCAGCAAGAGGACUUCGAUCGCCUGAGCCGGCCAUUCAAGCAAUGGUACAGUAUCAACCUCGAAAGUAAAGAACACGCGGUUCGAGGCUGGAACUGGGGCAAAGCGGAAUUUGGAAAGGCCGAGCUAGCGUUCAACGUCCAAAGUCGACCCGCCUUCGAAAUCCCAUACACCGAAAUAUCGAACACCAACCUCGCGGGCAAGAAUGAGGUCACGCUCGAAUUCUCGCUUCCUGGAGAUGGUGCCGAAACGAAUGGUGACCUCGCCGGGGCCCGCGCAAAAGGCCAGAAAGCUGGCGGGGCGAGAGAUCAACUGGUGGAAAUGCGUUUUUACAUUCCUGGAACCGCCCCGAAGGCGGAGACGAACGAAGACGAAGAAAAAGGCGACGAGGACGAAGAGAUGGAGGAGCAAAAUGCUGCCAAUGUCUUCUACAAUACCCUGAUCGAGAAGGCGGAGAUUGGGGAGAUCUCGGGCGACAAUUACGCCUCGUUCAAGGAGGUCUUGCAUCUGACGCCAAGAGGACGGUUCGACAUCGACAUGUACGAGAAAGACUUUAGAUUACGCGGCAAGACGUACGAUUACAAGAUUCAGUACGAGUCGGUUAAGAAAUUCCUCAUGCUCCCGAAACCCGACGAUGUCCAUACCCUCAUCACAAUUGGUCUGGAUCCCCCGAUUCGCCAAGGCCAGACACGGUAUCCUUUCCUUGUCAUGCAGUUCAAACGGGACGAAGAAGUGACGUUGGAUCUCAACAUGACGGAGGAACAGCUCGCGAAAUACGACGGAAAGCUGAGGGCCAACUACGAAGCUCCCAUCUCCUCGGUUGUAGCCCAACUCUUCCGCGGCUUGGCUGGCAAGAAGAUUGCCAUGCCGUCGAAGGACUUUUUAAGCCAUCACCAGCAAUCUGGUGUCAAGUGCUCCAUUAAAGCCAACGAGGGUCACCUCUUCUGCCUCGACAAGAGCUUCAUGUUUGUUCCGAAGCCGGCCACCUACAUCUCCUUCGAUAAUGUUGCCAACAUCACCAUGUCGAGAGUUGGCGGUGCGAUCUCAGCUAGUAGGACGUUUGACAUGAGUGUCACAUUGAAGGGUGGGGCUGGUGAGCACCAGUUCAGCAACAUCAAUAGGGAGGAACAAGGACCCUUGGAAGAGUUCUUCCGAGCGAAGAAGUUGAAGACCAUCAACGAGAUGGCGGAAGAGUCCGGCGCUCUCCUAGCUGCGGCACUGAAGGAUCAGCUAGAAAGCAGCGACGAUGAUGCAGGGAACGGCGUCCGGGGAAGCGCCGAUGAAGACGAUGAGAGUAUCGACGAAGACUUCCGUGACGAUUCUGACUCCGACGUGGCCGAGGAGUACGACUCUGCGCAUGAAAGUAGUGGGAGUGACGCGGAGAUGGACGACGCCUCGGCCGGUGCGGAGUCAGAUGCUGAGGAGAGGCCCAAGAAGAAGUCGAAGACGAAGUGAUAUAUCAAUGGUGCAGCUGCUUGAAUUGGCGUUGGAGGCUUAUGGAAAGAUGGAACUGCGUACCGCGGUUGGGGUUUCGCCGUUGAGGUUUUGGUGGAAGCGUACACAGUGCGGAUCCCAUUCAUGGCAUGCAAUUUGGCGGGUUGGGCCAAUAUAUCUGAGAUGCUCUAGACUACGUGCCAUACUCGCUAAGUUGCAUUCCCAUGGAUUGAGGAUGUGCUGUCGGUGGCAGGCGGUAGCAUUGCCUGCUCCGAUUCUGGUUCCGUCAACACAUUUGAUGGUGGAUAUUCAGUAAAAAGAUUCUAGUCCUGCCCAGUACCUUUUUGCUGGCUAUUACGAAAGGGCUUCUUAUUGUAAGUAUAAUGCCAGUUAAUAGAUACCGAGACAAGGCCGACUGAAAGCAUUGUAUUGGUUUAAACACAG